CGCACACUGAUGGCCGCCUCCCCGCAGCUCCUCACUGGCCUACACACGCUGUGCCCAUCAUUUGGACUUCACAACCCGCUGAGGCAACUUACCGGGGGCACCUGCUGGAAGGUUGGAUCCAUUUUGAAUAGGUUUAAGCCAGGAACAAGCCAGGUUCUCCACCACAGGAUGACCUCCCAAGCCUCAAAAGAUCAUCCAGAAGGCCAGAAGCCCCCACUUUUGGUAGAUGACCACACUGUGGCGACAGUUAGAGAGUCCAAAAUAUUCGUUCUUCUAAGGGGCCUUCCCGGGAGUGGUAAGUCCACCCUAGCGAAAGAUAUUGAACAAAAAUACAAGGACACCUCUCGACUAAUCUCUGCUGACCUAUAUGAGAUCAAGCCGGCGGUGAGGAGCUCUAGUGGAGGAGAUUACACUAAACUGGAUGCUGACUUAACAACUUGCUUUGAGAAGCGUGAAGCUAAUUUGGUCAUACUGGACGACACACACCAUGACCGGGAACGUCUUGAUAAGCUCUUUGAUAUGGCAAACACGUAUCAUUUUGCUGUAGUUGUCCUGGAACCUAAGACACCAUGGAGGCUGGACUGUGCCCAGUUAAAAGACCGAAACCAUUGGAAGCUAUCGUUGGAGGAACUGAAGAACCUGAGGCCUACACUGGAGAAGGACCUUCUUCCUCUGUACUUUGGUUGGUUCCUCGCAAAGCGGGAUGAGGAUUACCUGAGAAAGACCAGCCAUGAAUUCCUGGAGCAGUUGGGAAAUCUCAAGGCCUUCAAGAAGCGGCUGCAACCAUUUGGCUAUGAAGACAAACAUAAGUUGGAUCUUAUGAAACAUUUUGCCAAGUCUCCUAACAUUCUUCAUUGCACUUCCAAAUUUUGUGAUUAUGGGAAGAUUGUGGGAUCAGAAGAAUAUGCGCAACAAGAGGCCGUGAAGAAGGCAUACUCCAAGGGCUACACUCUCCACCUCUCCGCUUUGUUCGCCACCCCCAGAACAGUCGGAGCACAAGUAGAACUCACGGCAGACCAGCUGCUAUUAUGGCCUUCAGAUGCCGAGAAAGAAGUGAUGCCCAAGGAUACCUUACCUAGGGGAAGUCGUGCCCAUAUCACUUUGGGCACUGCCGCUGAUGUACAGGAUGUUCAAACUGGUAUUGACCUUCUUGAGUUUGUAAAAUUGCAGCAAUCAGGGAAAGAAGGGGAGAAUUUAGGAGAGAUGAGCGGAUCGGUCGCGGGUAAAGUCUCUUACUAUGAUAAUGGCAUGUGGAUGCUGAACCUGUCCCAAAAAAUUGAAGUAAGGUCCAUCUUUUCAGGUUACUAUGGGAAACCUGGUGUCAGUGUCCCUCUACGGGGCAGCAAAAAGGGUAUUUUAAAUCAAUGUCAAAUUAUGUGAGUGGUGACAACAAAAUAGUUUGUCCUGACAGUCACAGAUACAAAACUUUUUAUAAUUUUUUUUUUUAACUUUUCAAAGUGGCACUUAUUUUUCUAACCUGUAUCUAAAUCCUGCAUCCUGUGAAAAAGAAAUGAUGGCAGGAGAAAGGUUUUUUUUUUUUGAACCUGCUUUCUUUUCGAGUACUUAAAGAGUAACUCCACUGCUUACACAUAGGAUAAAUAGUAUUAUAUACCAUUAGCAUAAUAUUUAUUUUUCUGCUAGCAGGUGGUUGCUUAGCAACCACAUGAAUUCCUGUCUGGGUGACCACUGUUUUAUUACAUGGAGUACUGAAUAGUAAAGAAAGUUCUCCAUGCUAGACAAGUCCUCCCGCUCACCUGAAACUGAAGCAGAGUGAUAGGGGACAAAAGGGGAAAGAGUAGGAAUAGGAAAAAUUUUAAGUUCUCUGCUAUCUUUGUAAAAGUGGGAGGCUUGGAGGAGGCAUGUUGUAGCUGAUGGAAUUGGCCUUUAAAGAGCACAUGUCCGCAGGAUGAACCCAGCAUACUGCCCGGUCGGGUUGAUCCUGCCGAUUUAAGAAGACACCUGUCCUUUGAAAA